GAAGAACUCGGCCAAGGUAUGCGCCAACCUGACCAUGCUUAUUUUCAAGUUCCCUCCUUUCGAGGCUGGGUAUCCCAUUGCUGUUCUUCAACGUAUAUCAGAGGCUCGCCACCUCAAACACUUAUAGUUCAUGCUCACCUCUAUCCAAUGCUCCCAAACUUUCAUCCAUCUCGGUUGAUAUCAGGCUCAGGCUUCCCCAUCUCUCAAGACACGGCCAGUUGUUCCCAUCAUACCACUCUCCCGCUUACACCAGCUACUCUACUUCCUCCUGGACCUCUCUCCGCUCUCCUCGGCAUUGCAAGCUGCUCCAAGACGCGCCAAACGUAGCACGAGGCGACAAGAUGGGCAGCCUUCACCAACAAAAGACCGUCAACGCCAUCGGCGGCGAUGUCUGCGUCGGCGUCAUUGACACGCUCCGCGAGCUCGGCAUGGCCGAUAAAGUGUCGCUGCCCCAGCUUGUUGCCGUCGGCGACCAGUCGUCUGGGAAGAGUUCGGUCCUCGAGAGCAUCACCGGCUUCGCCUUCCCCCGUGCGCCGGGCUUGUGUACUCGUUAUGCUACCCAGAUUACCUGCCGCCGGGAUGCCGUCGAGGGGAUCGAUAUUUCCAUUAUCCCCCGUUCCGACUCGAACGAGGCCCGCAGGGAGCGCCUCAGGGGGUUUAAAAGGUCGCUCGGGGUUGAUGACCUGGCACUGGCGGGGGUGUUUGCCGAGGCCAACGUCGCCAUGGGAAUUCGAGUAAGCCUGGACGACGACGACCCCGGCUCGUCCGAGCUUACCACCUUUUCCGAGGAUAUACUCAAAAUAGAGAUCAGCGGACCAACUCAACAACAUCUGACCGUCAUCGACGUGCCCGGCAUUUUCCGCACCGCCACCGAAAACCUGACCACGGAAGACGACAUCCUUCUCGUCCGCAACAUGGUCAAACGGUACAUUGCCGACAAGCGCACCGUCAUCCUCGCGGUCGUGCCCUGCAACGUCGACAUCACCACGCAGGAAGUCCUGAAGCUCGCCAAGGACGUCGACCCCGACGGGCUCCGGACCCUGGGCGUGCUCACCAAGCCCGACCUCGCCACCGAGCGGGCCACGCAGAAUGCAGUGUGCGACUUGGUGAGGGGCAAAGUGCAUGCGCUGCGUCUGGGAUACUACGUCGUGAAGAACCGGGGGUCGGACGAUACCGACAACGACGACGACGGCGGCGGCGGCGACGAGGACGGCAAGAAAAAGGGCAGCAGCAGCAGCAGGGAAGCGGUGCUCAGGAAGCGGCAUAAUUCCGAGAAGGCCUUCUUCAGCGGGGCGCCCUGGUCGGCGCUCAGGCAUACCAACAGGCUGGGCAGCCAGGGCCUGUCGUCGGCCUUGCAGAUCCUCCUCCGCGCCGUCACGAAGAAAGAGUUCAAGAACGUCACCGCCGACCUGGAGGAGCACUUGCGCGCUCGGAGCGCCGAGCUCGAGCUGAUGGGCGACGCGCGCAACGAUGCCGGCCAGCAACGGCGGUACCUGGGCCGGGUGAGCAACGAGUUCCAGACGAUGGCUAGCUGCGCUCGCCAGAGUCAGUACGCACGCCCCCUUUUCUCGCAUUGGGAUCUGCGGCUCGUGACGCGCGUUGUCCGGCUGCUGGAGGAUUUCGACGACGCUAUGCGGACGAGGGGGCAUAUGCGGAACUUUGAGGGAGAGGCCAAGUUGGAAGGGCUUGUUCCAAAGUCGGAAACGCUGGCGGGGCCGAUGCCGGAGCCUCCUUCUGAUUACGGGAUGUUUGAAGAAAUUCUGGAUGAGCAUCCCGACCUGUAUGCCAUUCUGAAAGAGGUCGAUUACAAAUGCCCAGAGCCGAUCAACGAGUCGUUGAUGAGACACAUCGAGAAGGUGUACAACGAUUCCCGUGGCGUGGGCUUGGGAACUUUCUCCGAGGCAGUCCUGCUCGAGGUGUUCAAAGAACAAUCCAAAAAGUGGAAGCCCCUCGUCCUCUCCCACGUCAGCAAGGCGAUCCUGAUCGCCCACGACUUCAUCUGCCGGCUCCUCAUCGAAGUGUGCCCGGACGAAGAGGUCUACGGCCAGCUCAUGGACAUUCUCCUGCGCGGCAAGCUGCGCGACGCCUACAAGCGGGCCAUGGACCAAGCCGAGCUCCUGCUCAGCAUCGAGCGCCACGGGCAGCUCAUGACGAUGAACCACCACUUCAGCCACAACGUGCAAACGGCGCAGGGCAAGCGUCUGCUCGAGGCGCUCGACAAGAUUGCCGACGGGGGCGAACCCGUCCUCCACCAUAGUUACGGCAACCACCACAUGCAGGGAAGAGACCUUGACUCGUCUGCGAUGCUGCGCGUGCCGCGGGCCGCCAUCCCCGGGGUGGUGGCGGACAAGUCCAACGCGGAGCUCGUGCGGCAGGAGAUCCACGACAUUUUGCACAGCUACUACGAGGUGGCGCGGAGGCGGUUCGUCGACGUGGUUUGCCAGCAGGUGGUGUUCCAUCUCCUGCUGGACGCCGAGGACAGCCCGCUGCGCAUCUUCGGGCCUGAUCUUGUCAUGGCGCUGGAUGAGACGCAGCUGGAGGCCAUUGCGGGGGAGGAACUUGUUACGCGGCGCCAACGGGAGCAGUUGGAGGACGAGGUGGAGAGGUCAAAGAAGGCGGUUCAGGCGGUUAGGCUGGGUGCUCGGUAGAACAGAGGGAUGAUGUGGUUUCUCUUCUGCGUCUCUUCUUCUUCCUUUCUUUCCUUUCCUUUCCUUUCCUCUUCUCUUACUGAGAGUCUCCUAUGUAUCUAUGACUGAGUCUAAGAGUCACAUGUUGAUAGUCUGUUACAGAGGAAAACCGUAUAAUGAUGAAUGGACUUUCUUUUACCCUUUGUAUUCCCCUUUGACAACAUAUCAUGAACAAUAAACUGAACAAACUCAAC